UCCCCUCUUUACCGGUUCUUUCAGUUACAUCCUAAUCCCCUCUUUAUAUAUCUAUCUCAAAUUAUUAUACGAUAAGUUACUCCUUCACCCGGUCUACGUACAGAUACCGUAUCUAUAUCUAUCUAAUAUACCUACAAUUAAUAUAUAAACGCCUUAUUUAGUUAAGGUUAGGGUUUACCUUGUGUUUGUCUAUGGCGGCUGCGAAGGAGGUUGGCGAUAGGAUCAAGGGCCCGUGGAGUCCCGAGGAAGAUGAGCUGUUGCGUAAGCUGGUGCAGCGCCACGGUGCCAGGAAUUGGUCCUUGAUAAGUAGAUCGAUUCCGGGGAGAUCGGGCAAGUCUUGCCGAUUGCGGUGGUGUAAUCAGCUCUCGCCGGAGGUGGAGCACCGCGCCUUCACGGCGGAUGAGGAUGAGAUUAUUCUCAAGGCGCACGCUCAGUUUGGAAACAAGUGGGCGACUAUCGCCAGGCUACUCAAUGGACGUACGGAUAACGCCAUCAAAAACCACUGGAACUCGACGUUGAAGCGCAAGUUUGCCGCGGAGACGGCCGCGGUCGGCGUUGGAGAGGAGAGGCUAGCGCAGGUUUUGAGGCGAACCGGAAGCGGAGAUGUGUCUACGGCUAUGACGAAUGGCUUUAGUCCGCAGAGUUUGUGUCCAUCAGAUUCCGACACAUGCGAUUCCGGGAACAAUGUGAAGUUUUCUUUUCCUUUACCGACGAAUGCAUUGGUUUUGCCGAGGGCGGCGGCGGCGGAUGAGGAAAAUAGUGAUGGUGAGUUGACCGCGUUGACUCUUUGUUUGCCGGGGACUGGGAGCGAUUCAUCUGUUAAGAUGACCGGUGAAAAAGACUCUACAGCAACUGCGCUCACUCAUCCGAGCCACCACCGCCUCAGUCAUGCGGCGGAAGUGGAUUUGAAGAAAAAACGGCUGUCUUUAGGUCCAGAAUUACUUGCUGUUAUGCAAGAAAUGAUCAGGACGGAAGUGAGAAAUUACCUUUCAGAACAUGAGGAGAUAAUCCCGGCAGUUAAACGCAUUGGCAUUAGCAAGCUUAAUAAUUAAUUAACUCUCGGUAAGAUGGAUUUUAAAAGAGGAAUUUUCUGUUUACUGUGCACUGCGGAUUUUUUUUUCUUUUCAUCAGUAAAUUUUGAGUAACUUGUGUGCACAGUAACGCAGAAAAUACCUUAAAGAACCGCCACAUAAGCACUCUUCUUUAUAUGGUUUUAAGUUACUGAUCUUAUGCGGAUAUUGGCAUUUGAGUCUGUUGAUUUGUUUAAUUUUUGAAAGUGUGUUAAGGGGGUGAUGCAUUGGUUGUUUUGGAUUAGAUUAAAUAAGAAAAGCUUGGGAAAGUGGGAGCUCAAUGUUGGGAUGUAGAAUAACUCUAUGGGGAUGUGAGAAAUUUUAUGUCAACUAUGUGAACAGUGGUGAAGAUGAUAUGAUCUGUAUCAUCAUCUUCUUUUUGAUGGACAAUACUAUGGAAUGACUAGGGAUGUAUUAAACCAUCAAAAAAGAGAAUUAGGGAUGUACAUAAUAUAAUUGCAAAAGGUGCAUGUUUUUUAAAAAGUCAAGUGACAUGGUCUCACGAUGCGCCUUCCGUAAAGCGCAACGUGUGGCUUGUAGUUUGCUGACUACUUUCGCCAAUCUCCACACACACUCCCGUUCGGCGCUAGUGCAGCACGCCGACAGGAAUCACAAUAGGGAGGAACAAUCACACAACAGCAAAUUGCACACGCAACUUCAGAAAGGAGCUUUUAUUAAUGCUGAAAAAUGCGUAUACAGUAAACAACGAUGCUAAAACAAGGGAUCGUCUUGAGGAGGACUCUAACACGUCACUAAACCAAGCUUCUUGAAUUCAUUCCCCCUUUAUAAUAGGCUUAAGAAAAUAAUCUCUUAUUCCAAUAGUAGAACACUGAAAGGGCCGAUGAGUGUACUUUUCUCGUAUCUCCAAGGAUAAAGUACUCUGCUUCACACAUUAAGCUCCUACUCGUGCACAGGGUGGCGCUCCAUCAUUGCGUGUGCUGACCGACAUCCCCUAAUCGCCCGCACGUCCUCCACAAAUCACAGCCGACCUCUAGCCCAAAGUGCGGCCUGCAACACAUGGGAAGGAGGAAAACAUUACAAAUUUCAAUCUAGAUGAAUUGAGUUUGAGUUUGAGUUUAAGUUUAAUUAUAUAUAUGUAAAGAAUAUCAGGGUAAAUGUCGCAAAUUGGCUUGAUUUUAAGAUUAAAAUAAAUGGUCUCUUCCAAGUGAUUCUGCAGAACAACGACUUUGAUUGAACAUUAGCAUUGUUAAGUGACAAUGGCUCAUCCGAUUUUGAUUAUCAAUCACUAGUUUCUAGCACCGUUUAUGAAUUCGUGCCUUUUAUAAACUUCUAAUGUAUGCUUCAUAACUUGAGUAACAACAAUAAUUAUUAGACGGUGAUUGUCUUGUGUUCAAUCAAGACUCGUGGUUUCGGUCAAUCAUAAAUUGAAAUGAGUUUUUUUAUAGUUUAUAUUUUGUCCUUAUUUAAACUAAAUGUUCUAGGGGCUUUAUAUCAAUUUGCAGCUUUUUAUUAGAAUUGUACAUAUAUUAUUUUUUCUUCCAAAAACUCAUCACCUCUUUUCUUUUUACUCUUGUUUCAAACACCCAAACUUUUUAAUUAGAGCUAGCUUACAAUUUCUUUUUACAAUGUACUUUUAUCAUGAAAAUAAAAGCUACUACAAACACUUCGUUAGUAUUUUGUGGAACUACGGUUUUGAUGAAUGAACUUGGGCACUUUUUGGACUUUAGAUUUUAGAUGACCUACGACCCUGUUGUUGCAUAGUAGGCUCAAAUCUGUUUUUGUAAGUGGGCUUAAACAGCCCAACCUCCCUGCCCCACGGCCCAAAAGUCUGUUGGCCCUGUCAUUCUAGCCCUCAGCUGAAGCCCCAAAAAACCACGGGUCUUAAAUAUUAGUUUCCUUCUCUCUCUGAAACAGAGAAUGAGAGGGAACAAUCAACCAACCAUCCGCUAUGCAAAUCCAGGUGAAUGAAAGGGCAGUUGUGGAUGGGCACCUCCUGUAUCCAUGUACCAUACACCAUCCAUGAGUAUUGUCGAUAAUCCAGUUUCCAAGAUUCUGAAGUUGUGGGCCCCCAACAUAUAUAAGUAUGAUCAUGAUGGCUACUUCCAUUCUCGCACCAUACCCCACUCAACUAAUAAAAGUUUGGAUGGGUUACGCCUAAUGUCGUUUGCAGUGAAUUUCAACGUAUUAUCUCAUCAUAGAUCAUAUAUGUUUGUUAUGUGGUUGAGUGAUUCCAAAACUUGUACAACAUUUCAUAUGCAAAGAAUAGCAUUUUUUUGUAGGUGGAAGUAUUUUCUGAUAUACCUCACCUCAACUACAUACAUAUCACUUAUAUUUGCGUAGUUUCAUUAGUUUAUGAGACAAAAAGAUUCAAGAGUUUCUGAGUAUGAGUUGUUGAGAUUUAAAAGGAACCAUUCAUACGAUUGAUUUAAGUCUAACCAAAGUUGGUUUCAGGUAGAAUUUUCCUAGUAUAAUGCCUAAAGCCCAACAACCUUGACAAAAGAAAUGGUCGCAAUAUGAGGAAGAUCAUGACCUACCAAUGUCUUUCUCACCAAAAUCGUAAGUUAAAAGCUUGUUAGAUGGCAUAUGCUCAUCCAUUCACAAUGCCGAGUAAAUCCAAAUCUUACCAACCAUAAGAACACAUCAAAGUCAAAGAGAGAGCCCAUCUUUCACAAUCACCAAACCAGUCUUUACCUACACUCACGACUAUGUGUAAGCCAGAGAUUGAGAUAAAACCAAACCCCUCCAAGUCUUUUAUUAUAUGUGAUCCAAAGAUAUAAGCAAAGCCAUAUUGCAUUCCUUUCAACAACAGU